CUUUAGAUUGACAAUUAUCAAGGGAGCAUGUGGAAAGGCCAGGUUGAACUUCUCAAGGGAAUGGACGAACUCACAACAUUUACCUUGGAAUCAACUCAAGUGACAGGUUAUGGAAAGCACUUGAGACUGGGAGUAUUAGCCACAUUUGAUGGGACAAUGAACAUUACCUUGUACUGCCCUUACUGGAUGGUCAACAAAACUGGACUUUAUCUGGAAUACAAGGCGCCUUAUGACGAGACUGUUAUACCUCAUCCCGUUUCCUUGACCGAGCCAGUCAUGUUUUCUCACCGAGGAAAAGGAGUGGCCUUUGUUCGUCUUGCUGAAUCUGAUUGGUCCACUAAAUUUUCUCUGGACGCGGCAGGCAGUGGAGGAGCGUUAAAAAUCACGAAGGGUGGGAAAUUGUAUGAGAUCGGUAUGCAGACAACCCUAUCCUACUUCAGUUUAACCAAGAUUGUAGAAUUCACACCGUUUAAUCUCAUAAAUAAUCACACAGAGUACACAGUGUCGCUGUCGGACUCGAAGGGGCCAGACUCGAAGUGGACUAAAGUUCAACCAGGAGAGUGUGUACCAUUCUGGCCAAAUUCGUUCCCAUCCAAGAACCUGGCUAUCAGAGUUGGGGACAAUGAAGAAGUAUCACCAAGCUUUGACUUCGAACCCGACAUCACCUUGCUGCUGAGAAUGAACGGAAAGGUGGGGGCUGUGUGUGCCGACAUGCGUACAAAAGAUAAUGCAGCUAUCAUAACUAUCACACCAUACUUUACCGGAGCAGCUGCCGUUAGACUGGAGAACUGCACUCAGCUAGACAUCUGCUAUAAACAGAAAGAUUGUAAGGAACAUUGUUUACAUCCUAACCAGAGCGUUUUGUUCACAUGGGAUGAACCCUUAGCUUCGAGAGAGUUUGUCUGGUUUGUCAAAGGAUCUGAAGAGAAAAUCACCACUGAUUUGUCACAAACGGGUUUUGACAAGUUUGAGCACCACGGUAAGAAGUUUUACUAUUCCACCUUCCUGGACGGUCUGCAGCGCGUGCUCCUCAUCAUUGAUGACUUUACACUGGCUUUCAGAGCUCAAGUGGAACUAAAGGAGCGCCCCUCACAGUGCAUCACUUUGGCACUUCAGGGAGUUGGCUUGUCUCUUGUGAACAAUGAAAAAAGUAUCGAGGUGGCAUACAUCGGAAUUAAACCGAGUAAUAUUAUCUGGGAAGAGCAGAAGAAGAAAGGAAGAUGGAAGGCACUCAAGUUACGCCUCUGCAAUGAAUUAGAAGCUGGUUGGAAUAAAUUGCAGCAAGAUAUUGCCGUAGGAGCCACAGCCAAUUACAUCUAUAAGAGUGGCGACUUGGAGGUUGAUUUUAAACAAAUGGAGAUUGUCCGGCCUACACGCCAGCACAUCAGAAGAACAUUUACACCAGGAAUUUCAUUAGAGUAUACAUCUUCGCCAAAUGAACUCACACUUUCUACAAAGAUCAAUUCAGUUCAGAUUGACAGCCAAGUCCCAGGUGCCACCUUCCAGACCGUACUCUUCCCAGUGCCCCCUCCAAAGUCAAUCGCCGCUGACAGUGAACCAAAGCCGUACAUUGAAGUGAGUUUAGUCGCAAAGCAAGAGGAGCACACGCACGUGAAUGAGAUCAAGUACUUCAAGGUUCUCAUUCAAGAGAUGGACGUAAAGGUCGAUAUGGGCUUUAUCAUGGCCUGUAUUGGAUUAUUUUCGUUUGACACUAUUGACACAGGCCAAGAGUCCAGCCAGUAUGCUUUGGACAAAAAAAUGGUUCAUGACAAGCUUGGAGAGGCGUUUGCCGUUCAGGCUGCCCUAAGUACUGACAGAAACUUUUUCGACUUCUUUCAUCUAUCACCAUUGAAGAUUCAUGUCAGUUUUUCUCAGCUGGGUGGCGGCGCUGAGGCCAAAAAGGCUCAGUCAGCUAUCGGUGGCGGUUUUGUAAGCUUGUUGCUCAAGAGUGUCGGGGUAGCAGUCACUGAAGUACAAGAUGUAGAAUUCAAGCUAGCUUAUUUCGAAAUAAAGGACAAAGUUUAUACGCAGCAGCAGUUAAUGGAAGUCGCCAUCAAGCAUUACUAUAGUCAGGCACUGAAGCAGUUAUACGUGUUAGUACUGGGGCUUGAUGUAUUAGGGAAUCCGUUUGCUUUGAUUACCGGCCUGAAGGAAGGAGCGAGAGACUUCUUUUACGAACCUUACCAGGGUCUUAUCCAGGGUCCUGGCGAGUUUGCAGAGGGUUUGCUGAUUGGCGCCACGAGCUUGUUAGGUCACACUGUUGGUGGUGCGGCUGGUGCAGUCUCUCGUAUAACUGGAACGCUGGGCAAAGGUAUCGCUGCACUAACAAUGGAUGAUAAAUACCAACAGGAGAGGAGGCAGGCGAUGGGAAAGAAACCUGUUAAUGUCAAAGAAGGACUCACAAGGGGUGGGAAGGGACUACUUGAAGGCGUUUUGGGAGGUGUGACAGGAAUAAUAACCAAACCAAUGCAGGGCGCAAAGGCUGGUGGUGCCGCGGGGUUUUUCAAGGGACUGGGAAAGGGUGUGGUUGGUGUAGUGGCACGUCCUGCCGGAGGUUUGGUUGACUUUGCGAGCAGCACAUUCGAAGGAAUUAAAGGUUCUGCCAUCAGUGGAAGUGACGUUAAACGAUUACGACCACCCAGAUGUUUCUACGCUGACAAGGUUAUCAAGCCAUAUAAUCUGCGCGAAGCCCUAGGAAACGCCGUACUGCAGGAAACUAAGAAAACGAGAGCUGUCUUGGUGGCCGACACUUAUUUCUGUCAUAGUCGUCUUAAUACUAGGAAAACACUUCUUAUCACAAACAAACACAUCAUAGUUGCUGGUAAAACAGAAGUGUUUGAAGCGUGGCAAAUUGAUUGGAUGUGUAGAUUUGACGAACUCACUGGUGAACCGACAACUGAAGGAGAAAGACUUGUUCUAAAAGUGCCGGACAAAUCUAAAGCAAAAGGUAUAUUUAAACGGCAGUCAGACGAUACGAAAAUUUUGACGCCCAGCCCAGAAGUGGCUCAGUGGCUGGUUGGAAAAAUCAAAGAGGCCCGGUCUUAAAUUGCAGUGCCUUCAAUGAGCAGUUGAGAAUGCACGCUUUCCAGUUCAUUGAAGAAUUCAUAAUUUCGUGGUGAAGACAGCAAAGAACUAUUCUUUCAAUAAUAAGAUUAAAAGGUCAUACAGAAACUAGCCUUAGCUCAGUUCUGUUAGCAGCCGGAGGAUGAGAAUUUUUUUAAAAUGUAGAGAGCACUUUACAAUUAUUUUUUGAGUAAUGAGGUACAUAAUGCGAAACGCAAGUGAAAUACAACAGACCCUACGUCGAUGGUCUCUUUUAUCUAAAGUUGCUAGGUAUUCUGAUUUUCCGAAAUUACCAAUUUUUAGUAGCACUUUUACAUUUCCAAGCAGUUAGUUAUGAUCCGGUAUACAUGCAAAGAGAGCUGUUCAGAAAGGUUUUUCAUUUAACUAAUCUAAAAGAAGGAUGUUUUUCGUCUUGUCACGCGUCUGGGACAAAUAGGAAGAAAUUCUGAAUUACCAUAAAGAAUCGAGUCUUACACCAUCAGUCUGGCAGCUUUUUCUUUGUCUCACGCCCGUGAAAGAUAAAAAGUAUUUUUCGUUUCACUACCAAGUUCAAAACUCGCCAUUUUAACUAUUCAAUCUACUGAAACAAAUUUUGUUAUGAAGAUGUUUCACGGCUUUUCACUGUAGUGAUAUACAACACAGAUAAAAGUUUACAGCGAGUGUUUUCAAUUCAGUUUUCAGUAUCGUUCGCAUAGCGAGCCAAUGAUUAAAUAAUAAAAUAAUUAAAUAGGGUAAAACCAGAAAUAAUGAAAUGAUAUUAAAAAACUUUGAUAUGAAACUCACUGUUAAGAGAUGGAUAACAUUGAAAUAUGCGAGGAAAAUCUCGCUGAUCGCGAUCGCGCGGUAUUCAAUAUUUAGGUAACUGAUAACAAAUUGACAGGACUUCCUGCAGUUCCCUUUUCCUAGUAGAAUCGAUAAGCAUCGUGCAACUGAAGGGAGCUCAGAGAUGUUCAGAUAACAACUGAAAGCUUGGGUUAAUUUUGUAAUUCGUUAGAUUAAUUAAUAAAAUCAGAUAAUGAAGUGGUCAAGGAAGUUAA